AUGAGGAGUCAAUCAAGUUUAAUAGUCAUAUCCAUUAUCAUAUCAACCAUCAAUGCGACCGUUCCGGGAACAGCGAGCGCGAACGAUAUCGACCAAUUGCAAAAGACAAAAUCCGAAUAUAAUGGAGCCGCGUUGUACCCGAAAGCGACAGAGACUAGAGAUUUGAAAAAUUUAGAUGGAAUUUGGAACUUUAGAAGAUCACCAACAGACCCUGAAUACGGAUACCGUAAUGGCUGGUAUGAACAGGAUUUGGUUAAGACGGGACCAGUAAUACAUAUGCCCGUGCCGGCAUCGUACAACGACAUUGGCGAAGAUGCAUCGCUAAGAGACCACGUUGGUCUGGUGUGGUAUGACAGGCGUUUCCAUGUCCCACCGUGGUGGAUUAAAGAAGAACAACGCGUUUGGCUCCGAUUCUCAAGUGUUCACUACGCUGCUCAAGUGUGGAUCAACGGAAAAGCGGUGACUUACCACGAAAUCGGUCACUUACCCUUCGAGGUCGAAAUCACCCAGUUCGUAAACUACACCAGCAGCAACCUCCUCACGGUUGUGGUGGACAACACGUUGCUCAGCGACACGGUGCCACAGGGCAACAUCAGAGAUAUUAUUGUCGAUAAUACGAAAGUACGUCAAGAACAAUCGUACACAUUCGACUUCUUCAACUAUGCGGGCAUCCAUCGCUCCGUGUUCCUGUACACCACACCGCAGACUUACAUCGACGAUGUUAUCGUGAACACGGAUAUACAAGGAUUGACUGGUUUCAUUGUCUACAAUGUGACAUACAAAAACUUGAUCUACAAUACACAAUGUCUAAUUCAAUUGUUCGACAAGGAUGGCUCUCAAGUAGCCGGAGCUAGCGACUGCGCUGGCCUCUUGGAAAUCGGAAACGCUAACUUUUGGUGGCCUUACCUCAUGCACCCAGAGCCUGGAUACUUAUAUACUUUAAAGGCGUCAAUAGUAGGUCCCUUAGGAGAGUUAAUAGACACAUACAGUUUAAAAGUAGGAAUAAGGACGGUGACAUGGAGCAACACAACGAUCUAUAUCAACGAAAAACCAAUAUAUUUAAGAGGAUUUGGUAUGCAUGAGGAUUCAAACCUACGCGGUAAAGGCUGGGAUCCAGUUUUGUGGGUUAAAAACUUUAACCUCAUUAAAUGGGUCGGAGCGAACGCAUUCCGCACUUCCCACUAUCCGUACGCCGAAGAAAUCUACCAGCUGGCGGACGAACACGGCAUCAUGAUAAUAGACGAAUGUCCUGGCGUCGAUACUGACUUGUUCUCGGACUCCUUGCUGGCGAAACACAAACAGUCUUUAACGGAACUCAUCCGUCGUGACAAGAACCACCCCAGCGUCAUCAUGUGGUCCAUCUCCAACGAACCAAGAUCCAGUAACGUCAAGGCUGAUGCUUAUUUUGCGAAAGUGGUGAAACACGUGAAAUCCAUGGAUCUGUCGAGACCGGUGACUAUUGCAAUCUCACAACGCUAUGUAACUGAUAAAUCGGGUCAACAUCUGGACGUCAUCUGUUUCAACCGCUACAACGGCUGGUACGCGAACACGGGCUCACUGCUCGACAUCGCGACGUACGUCAUAGACGAGGCCACUUCCUGGUUCCGGAAACACAACAAACCAAUCAUCAUGACCGAGUACGGAGCCGAUACCAUUGCUGGGUUGCAUUUGAUACCAGAAUACGUAUGGUCGGAAGAAUACCAAGUGGCAAUAUUGUCGGAACAUUUCAAAGCAUUCGAUAGACUACGACAAGCCGGAUUCUUUGCCGGCGAGUUUAUUUGGAACUUUGCCGACUUUAAGACUGCACAAACUAUAACACGCGUGGGGGGAAACAAGAAGGGUAUAUUCACGCGCGAGCGUCAGCCGAAGGCGGCCGCGCAUCACCUACGCGACCGCUACCUCGCGCUGGCGGCCGCUGACACCGGGGCCGCGCCUCCACCGCCCGCUUACUAUGUCAGCGACCACACGCCCGCCCGGCAUGAGGAGCUCUAGUGUGGUGUGUAGUGGGUGACGCACACCCAGACAGGCAUCCAGGCAUCUGUGUGUGCAGUGGGAGAAGACGAGACGUGCUGCCAAAUAAAAAAUACUUAAAAUGUAAUCGAACUUGUCAGUUUCGAGAACUUUAGAUAGUUUUAUAAGUUACAACAUGAAAAAAAUAAAAUCUACUUGCCUUUUACACGUAGUGCCAUUACAGUUUUAAAUAAAUGCACAUGCUAUGCAUGUGUACAACAUGUGUUUUUAUUUUAAAUUGUUAUGACUGUGUUUUGCCAUUAUUUUUCAAAUUAAUAUCGUUAGAGAUGAUAUUAGAAUCAUAAUUACUGAUCGAAAUAUUUUAUCUGUUAUAAUUUAACUUAAAUUUACGUUACAAUUGUUUCUAAGAUAUUUUCCAUAUUUAAACCCCUAUCAGUAAACUACUUCUAUCAUUUAUGUCAAUUAAUUAUUAUUCCUUUAAAUCCUUUUCUUGUACAUAUUGUUAUCCGUCCAACAUUCAUGUGGUAUUUUUAUGUUUUGAAAUUAUUCCUCUAUAUUAAUAACAAUUCAUUUGGGUAUAGUUGUAGCAUAGGUACUGACUGUAACAAAGUUGUAGAAACAUUUUCUACAAAAGUAAAACCUCAACUUAAUAAACAGAACCUGGUAUCCAGGAUAAUUCUAGAAAAGUAAAAAUAGGAACCCACCAGCGAUACAUAACUAAAGACCUAUUUGACCUAUAUUGAGUAAUAAGUUUGUUUACGUAUAUGUUUACGCUUGUAAUCAAUUAUUGUAUUAUUUCAGUUAACUUACAUAUUGUUUAAAGCUUUUUAUUCCUAGAAUAGUGUUACCUUAUUAUUUGACAUGUUCCCUUAUGUAAUCUAUUGAAACGGAUAUGUUGUGUUUGUUGAUAUUUAUUGUGUGUAAUUAAAGUACAAACAUUA